CGUACCUCCGGGCCUGCAGACACGAAGAAACUUCCUGACACACACACACAAAAAAAAUCAUUUCUUGCAGUCAUGUCACGACAGCUGUAGGUGCUGGUGUUACAAUGCAUGACCUGAACUGACAUGUACGCCAGCGGAUGGCGUUUCCUGUCCUUCCCAGCAUGCAGCAUUCCUCCGUAAACUGUUUCACUUUCAGUACUGCAUUGUUUGGACUCUGCGCGCAGGAGACGACUCUGUGAGAGCACUUCCUGCUUCCUUCGUCACCAUGUUCGUGGCUCCUCUCCUGCUGCUGCUGUUCGUUCCCGUUCCUCCCUCAUCAGGAGCACAGCUGCCAAAUCAAGGCCAAGCCAAAGACCUCCCCAUAGCCACCAACGGCCAGCCGUUCCCCUGGCACCGCAUGCGACUUCCCAAAACCAUCUCCCCGCUCCACUAUGACCUGACCAUCCAUCCCAACUUGACCACCUUCGAAUUCACUGGCGUUGUUCGUAUUGAACUGGACGUGCAUGAGGAUACCAACGUUGUCAUUCUCCAUGCCAAGCAUAUGCAGAUAUCUAACGUGCUGCUCCUGGCACCUGAAGGCGCGAGGCGUCUUCAGGUGUUGGAGUAUCCUCAUUUCCAUCAGCUCGCCCUGAUGUCAGACUCGGUGCUGACUAAAGGUAGGAAGUAUGAAGUUCAGCUGGAGUUUGCAGCCAACUUGUCUGACAGCUACCAUGGUUUCUACAAGAGCAGCUACCGCACCAGCAGUGGGGAAGUUCGUUUCAUGGCUUCCACGCAGUUUGAAGCAACCUUUGCUCGGGGAGCCUUCCCCUGCUUUGAUGAGCCGGCCUUCAAGGCCAACUUCACUAUACGGAUUAUACGAGAGCCACGUCACAUAGCCAUAUCCAACAUGCCUAAGGUUAAAACAGUGGAGUUGCCAGGUGGUUUGCUUGAGGAUCACUUUGACACCACUGUAAAGAUGAGCACUUACCUGGUGGCCUACAUUGUGUCAGAUUUCCUGUCUGUGAGCAAGACCACCCAGCACGGCGUCAAGAUUUCAGUCUACGCUGUUCCUGAGAAGAUCGAACAGACAGCCUUUGCACUGGAUGCUGCUGUCAAGCUGUUGGAUUUCUAUGACGACUACUUUGAUAUUCCUUACCCGCUACCCAAACAGGACCUGGCUGCUAUCCCUGACUUCCAGUCAGGUGCCAUGGAGAACUGGGGCCUGACCACCUACAGAGAGACAGGCCUCCUCUUCGAUCCUGAAAAGUCCUCAGUUUCAGACAAACUGGGUAUUACCAAGGUCAUCGCCCAUGAGCUCGCACACCAGUGGUUUGGGAACCUGGUGACGAUGGAGUGGUGGAACGACCUGUGGCUCAACGAGGGUUUCGCCAAGUUCAUGGAGUUUAUUUCUCUCGAUAUCACCUACCCAGAGCUGCAAGUGGAUGACUUCUUCUUGGGGAAAUGCUUUGAGGCUAUGGAGGUAGACUCCCUCAGCUCCUCCCACCCAGUCUCCACCCCCGUGGAAAACCCCAUGCAGAUCCAGGAGAUGUUCGACGAUGUGUCAUAUGACAAGGGAGCAUGUAUUCUGAAUAUGCUGCGGGACUUUAUGACUCCAGAGGCCUUUGAGAUUGGCAUCAUCCAAUACCUCAAACGCUACAGUUACCAAAACACUGUCAAUAGCCACCUGUGGGACAGCCUGACUAAUAUCUGCAAUUCAGACGAUCUUGACGAAGGCCGGAUGAAACACAAAGAAUUCUGCUCCAAACGCAACCGCCCCUCUGGAAACUCUCAGAAAUGGUACUCUGAUGAUGAGCUGGAUGUCAAGGCCAUCAUGGACACCUGGACCCUGCAGGAGGGCUUCCCACUGGUCACUGUGGAGGUCAGAGGUCGCGAGGUCAGGCUCAGUCAGGAGCGUUACCUGAAGACAGACGACCCCUCCCUCACUGAAGGAUUCCUGUGGCAGAUCCCACUCACCUACACGACCAGUGCCUCCAACACCAUUCACCGCUUCCUGCUUAAAACAAAGACUGACGUCCUGUACCUGCCGGAGGAGGUGGACUGGGUGAAGUUCAAUGCGGACAUGAGCGGCUACUACAUGGUCCACUACGCAGGCGAGGGGUGGAACUCCCUGAUCAAACUUCUGCAGCAUAACCACACAGCCCUGACUGGCAACGAUCGUGCCAGCCUCAUCCACAACGUCUUCCAGCUGGUCAGUAUAGGGAAGGUGAAGCUGGACACGGCUCUGGAUCUGUCUCUGUACCUGUCUAAAGAGACGGAGAUCAUGGCCGUGACACAGGCCUUUGGAGAGCUUGUACCUCUCUACAAACUGAUGGAGAAGAGAGAUAUGGCUGCUCUGGAGAACCAGAUGAAGGGCUACAUUGUGGAUCUGUUCCGGGGGCUGAUUGAUAAGCAGGAGUGGACUGACUCUGGAUCAGUGUCUGAGCGAGUACUCAGGAGUUACCUGCUGCUGUUUGCCUGCGUCAGGAACUACGCUCCCUGUGUGACCAAAGCCACCCAGCUCUUUAACAAGUGGAAGGAAUCUGAUGGAAAUAUGAAACUCCCCGUCGACAUCACUAUGUCUGUGUUUGUGAUUGGAGCUCGCACACCAGAGGGGUGGGACUUCUUGUUUGAGAAGUUCCGCCAAUCGAAUCAAGUGUCUGUCAAGCGGCGCAUGGAAACUGCAAUGGCUAUUUCCCCACUGCAGGACAAGCUCAAGUGGAUGAUGGAGCAGGGCCUCCGUGGUGAGGUGAUAAAGACUCAGGACCUCCCAGACGUGAUAGUCUCUAUCAGCAAGAACCCCCGUGGCUACAAACUGGCCUGGGACUUCUUCCAAGCCACCUGGCACACCCUGAUCAAGAAGUUUGACCUGGGCUCCAGCAUCAUAUCAUUCAUGGUGACUGGGGUGACCAGCCAGUAUUCUACCAGGGAGAUGCUAGAUGAGGUACGAAGCUUCUUCGGCUCCCUGAGCGAGGAGACGGGUUCACAGAUGAGGUGUAUCCAGCAGACCUAUGAGACCAUUGAAGAUAACAUCCGCUGGAUGGACACCAACCUUCCUCUGCUGCAGGCCUGGCUGGACAAACGCAGCCACAAAGUGUCUCAUGAGGAUUUAUAGCGCCAGGAUAAUUAUGCUGCUGAAGGCAGAAACUUCUAGAAGUGUGGACACAAGUCAGAAAUUGGAUGACGCUAUAUUUGAUGACAACAAUCAAAAAGCCUUGCAACUCAACUUUGACUUGAAUGGCAAUAACUCCUGACUUGGACAGUAGAUUUUAUACUUAAAUGGCUUAAUGCCCUCUCCUCACCCAAACACUGAAAAACAUCACAACAAGAAGUAUCAUCAAACUCUUUGGAACAAAGCUUGUGUCAUCUAUGUGCACAAAAACUGACUGACCUAGAAAAUUUUUUUAAAGUGUAAACUAGGGUCUAAAAACUACUGUAAUGUGAUGUUCUGUAGGUAAAUAAGUGCUCUUCCCAGAUCCAUAAGUUAAUACAGUUCCUCAGUAUGUGAAGGAGAUGCCUUAAAGAACACCCAUAUGUGAGAAGUUUGAGGGUAUAUUAUCAUUUUUUUAAGGAAUUGUCUGACGUCUGUCAUUGUUGUGAUAUCAAGAACUCAAACAGUUUUUAUCGAAAAAUUUGUCUUUGAGUGUUGUUUCCAAGUGAAAGUACUAUGUAAUAGACACAACACCUGAAUAUGUCAGCUCAGAGCUGUCCGUGUGUAUCUGUAUAUGUUUGUGGGUCAGUGUAUGUUUAUGCAAAUGUGUGUGUGUUGUGGGGUGCGCUUUUAAAUUUCAGGACGUUCAAAGACGAGUGCAGUGUUUCCAGUGUGAAGUCUUAGUUUUUGUGAAGCUGAUUUUCAUUCAUGCUUCAUUGUGACAGCAGAACACAGCUACAUAAAUAUUGAAGUGUUGGACUGAACUUCUAUUUUUUUCAGAUAUUUAGGUACCAGACCAUUCCUAUUCAUGAAAAACAAAACCAAGAAAAAUAAGUUUGGAUAUGCUGUCUAGAGAAAGAAGCCAAAAAGUCUAAAGUGAAACUGCUGUUGUUAUAUUUUUGUCGUGUUUUUGAACUAUAAUCGACAUAAAAAUGUUUAAAAAUCAAGAUCACAUUUCUGUAAGAUCAGAUCAGAUAUAGUUUUUACACUGAGUUUCCAGCUCUGGGGACGAAUAAAAUUUCUAAAACCA